CGAUUCAGGUUUACACGUCACUGCUAGAAAUAUGGCCAAGCAUCAUCCUGAUUUGAUCAUGUGCCGGAAGCAGCCAGGAAUAGCUAUCGGUCGACUUUGUGAGAAAUGUGAUGGGAAGUGUGUGAUUUGUGAUUCAUACGUCCGUCCUUGCACACUUGUCCGAGUUUGUGAUGAAUGCAACUAUGGAUCCUUUCAAGGCCGUUGUGUCAUCUGUGGUGGUGUUGGUAUUUCUGAUGCUUACUAUUGCAAGGAAUGUACUCAGCAGGAGAAAGAUAGGGAUGGCUGUCCAAAGAUAGUCAAUCUUGGUAGUGCCAAGACUGAUCUGUUUUAUGAACGUAAAAAAUAUGGUUUCAAGAAGAGAUGAGAGUCGGAUACCUCUUUCACCCUUCGGUGAAGUUCACUACUGGAGUUUCGUACUAGCAUGAUUGUGUCAAAAUUAGGCAUUUGAGUAUAGCCUAUGUAACUUACUCACUAUAUUGCCUUGGAACUUGCUGUAUUACAUACUGAUAGCAUAAGUUUAACCCAUUGUAAUUUCGUUUUGUGCAAGGGUAUGCAACAAAACGCCAACGCUAAUCGACU